UAAAAUUGUUUACUUAUAUUUCCUGUCAUUUUUAUGGAAACACCUUCCUGGAUAGCCAAAAUAAAAGAAACGAAUGAAUACAUUUCCUACAUGACCUUGGAUUUCAAAGGAUCACUCUGGUACUGAGGCUAUUGUAGAAUAUUCCAUAAUAAAAGAAACUAGGUUACACCCAUUGAGAACCACGCGCCUUCUAUACCCAGGAGCCACUAUGCAGCGAGACUUCCCACCCUAUGCGCAUAACCUUGAUUAGCCAGCUCCAACGGCAAGCCACGCCUUUUGCUGACCAAAUAAUCCAAUCACGGUGGAGAUAAGGUAACCGCCCUCUGGCACCCCAUUCGCCACAUAGUUCGAUUCCUAUUGGCUAAAUUACCCGCCACUCCUAACGUAUUGGUUAAUGUCAAGCCUGAUGUGGCCGGAGGACGCGAAGUUGAAAACUGACUGGCUAGCUUUCCCAUCAAUCCGGAUGGAACGGCUUCCUAUUGCAAAAAAAGAAAAAGAGGUGGGCAUUGAGCUUCAAGGGCGAGGCUAUAUAAAGGAGAGACAAAGGAAGCGGCGGAGCCGUUUUUCUGCCAGAUUGGUUGUCGCCAUUUUGCGCCCGAUCUGAGUCUGAGGUAGGCAAAACCCCCAGCUGUGUAGCGCCGGCCUUCACCCAACCGCCACCAUUUUUACCAUGUCAAGAGACCGCUUCCGUAGCCGCGGAGGAGGCGGCGGCGGCGGCGGGUUUCAUCGGCGCGGCGGCGGCGGAGGCAGAGGCGGCCUCCCAGGGAACCAUGAUUUCCGUUCCCCGCCGCCGAGCAUGGGGAGCGGCAUGGGCCAGUCCCGCGGCGGGCACCAUCAUCUGGGCAGCGGAGGCAGCCUCGGCGUCCCCUCGAAGCCAGAGCCGCCCAAGCCGCCCAGCUCGAGCUCCACGCCGCCUUCCUCGACUUCCUCUUCUGUCCCCACCGUCCAGGCCGGCGCGCCGCCUUCCGUGGGAGGGCCGACCCAGAACCAGAGUGCCUCGCAGUCGCAACCGCCGCCCGCCGCUGUCCCCGCGCCGACUUCCUCCUCGGCUCCCGCCGCCUCCUCGGGGCUGCAGAGCGGCGGACGGGGCGGGGACCCGCAGCAGCAGGCGCAGCCGCCGCCGACUCAAAGCCCCAGCCAGGGCGGCUCGAAGAAAGGGCCCGGCCAGUCCCCCGGCGGAGGAGGUGGCGGCGGCGGCGGCGGCGGCAGCGGCCUGAAGGGAGUCCCUGGAGGCCCUCAACAAGGAGGAGGCCCGAAGGGCGGAGGCCCCGGCCAGCACCGUGGCGGCGGCGGCGAGAGGCGAGGAGGCCAAGGCCAGCACCAGCACCCAUCGCCGCAACAGCAGCAGCAGCAGCAACAGCCGCAACAACAACAACCGCAAGGCCCCGGCGGGGAGAAAAUGUCGGAUGCUGAGGGCUUUAAAGCCAAUUUGUCACUUCUGAGGCGGCCUGGAGAGAAGACCUACACUCAGCGUUGUCGUCUUUUUGUUGGGAAUUUGCCUGCUGAUAUCACUGAGGAGGAGUUUAAGAGGUUAUUUGCUAAAUAUGGUGAACCUGGUGAAGUCUUCAUCAACAAGGGAAAAGGCUUUGGAUUUAUUAAACUAGAAUCCCGAGCUCUGGCUGAAAUUGCAAAAGCUGAACUUGAUGAUACCCCUAUGAGAGGAAGGCAGCUUCGUGUGCGUUUCGCCACGCAUGCUGCUGCUCUCUCUAUACGAAAUCUUUCUCCGUAUGUAUCCAAUGAACUUCUGGAGGAAGCAUUCUCUCAGUUUGGCCCAAUUGAAAGAGCAAUUGUAAUUGUCGAUGAUCGUGGCAGAUCAAUUGGGAAAGGAAUAGUUGAAUUUGCAUCCAAGCCUGCAGCACGGAAGGCUUUUGAACGCUGUUCUGAAGGAGUGUUUUUAUUGACAACUACUCCCAGGCCAGUUAUAGUGGAGCCACUGGAACAACUGGAUGAUGAAGAUGGGCUUCCAGAAAAACUGGCUCAGAAGAAUCCAAUGUAUCAAAAGGAGAGGGAGACUCCUCCACGCUUUGCACAGCCUGGAAGUUUUGAGUAUGAAUAUUCUCAGCGGUGGAAGUCAUUGGAUGAAAUGGAGAAACAGCAAAGAGACCAGGUGGAGAAAAACAUGAAAGAUGCCAAGGACAAGCUAGAAAGUGAAAUGGAAGAUGCCUAUCAUGAGCAUCAGGCAAACCUCUUGCGUCAAGAUCUGAUGAGGCGACAGGAAGAACUGAGGCGCAUGGAAGAACUUCACAACCAAGAGAUGCAGAAACGGAAAGAAAUGCAGCUGAGGCAGGAAGAAGAGCGCCGUAGGCGAGAAGAGGAAAUGAUGCUCCGCCAGCGUGAGAUGGAAGAACAAAUGAGAAGACAGAGGGAAGAAAGUUACAGUAGAAUGGGUUAUAUGGACCCUGUAAGUCAGGACUGGAAGAAUCCCAAUAGUCUAGUUACUCAGAGGGAGAGAGACAUGAGAAUGGGCGGGACCAGCACAAUGAACAUGGGAGAUCCCUAUGGGGCUGCUACUCAGAAAUUCCCACCUUUAGGAGGUAGCACUGGCCUUGGCUAUGAAACCAGUCCUGGAGUUGGACAAGCAUCUAUGAGUGGCUCUAUGAUGGGAAGUGACAUGCGUCCUGAGCGAUUUGGGCAGGGUGGUGCAGGGCCUGUAGGUGGCCAGGGCCCUAGAGGAAUGGGUCCUGGAACUCCAGCAGCUUAUGGGAGAGGGAGAGAAGAAUAUGAAGGCCCAAACAAAAAGCCCCGAUUUUAGAUGUAACGUAGAUUUUCAUUCCAGUAUGUUUUGUUGGUCUUGUUUAGACACUACUUUUUUUUAAUUCUUGCAUUUUAGUAAGAAAGCUACGUUUUUAUGGAUGUUAGAAACUUAAUGACCUAGAAUUUGUAAGUGAUCUGGGCAAGAAAAAUAAAAUUAUGUAAGUGUUCAAAACUUAGCUUUUUUGAUGUAUAACAUCCCUACCUUGAUGGCAGUGUACUGUGUGCCAUUUGAAUUCCCACGUGUAAACUUUUUUUACUGUGCUUAAAAUAAAUAGACUAAAUGUA